ACAAACAACUCGUUCACCGCGAUCUUUAUUCUCUGGUCGCGUUGCCCUGGAACUGACAUUGAAUAUUUAAAAGUUGUCAUUUUCCGUGUCAAUUCUAGGUACCAGCAGAGGUAAGAAUUGGUGAGGUGUGCGAGGGUGUGCUACAAACUUCUGCUACACAUUCACAAGUCACCAACCCAACCCACCCAAAUUUAACCCACGCGUUUUCACUUGCUCUCACCAAAUCUCAAUUUGGGAGUCAAAACAUAUAUUCCAAUGAUGGAGGGUUCUAGUGGCCAAAAGAGGAAGUCCUCGGACAAUGAAAGAACGGACGAGCGGAAGUCUAAGUAUCACAAGAAAAAUGUAAGUUUAAUCUUAAUACCUCUCAAUCAAUCUGACAAUUCUGUAGAGCGCGGCAUCCCCAGAGAAUAAGACUCACAAAACUGACCGUGAUGUUGGUGGUGAUCCUAGCUCAAUAUCUCAAGUUGAACCAGGACCUAGCAAGAUCAGCAAACUUUUAAAGGCUUUGGAUGAAGCCUUAGAAAGCAACGCAGUUGAUGGUAGUUUUAUGUCUGAGGCGAUCUCAAGGAAAUGCCGCGAGCUUCGAGCGUCUUUACAAGAUGAUUCGCCAAACGAUCAGAUACCCCCAGAUCCAUCCCAACCUGGUCUCAACAUCCCAAAAACAAUACCAGCUACACUUGUCACGGCAUGGAAAUCAUCGGAAAUACCAAAGGAUAUGCCUCCGCUUCCACCCAUCUUGAAUAAAACCCUCGAGACAGCAUGCUUCACCCAUACGAACGCAGGAGGCGGUAAAGUUACGGAUCUCAACUACGAAAGACUUGAAUGGGUGGGGGACACAUAUCUUGAACUUACAGCUACUCUACUUAUUGCUCAGACUUUCCCUGCGUUCAGUCCAGGGAAAUCAUCACAGCUCCGAGAACGGCUUGUUAGAAAUUCUCAACUGUCACAAUACGCCAGGUUUUAUGAAUUUGACAAACGGGCGAACCUUGGACCAAAUUUCGUGGCCAAGGCCGACGAUAUGAUGAAAAUAUCGGCAGAUAUAUUUGAAGCUUAUGUUGCGGCCGUUAUUCUUUCAGAUCCAGAAAAUGGCAUUUCGAUGGCUGUGGAAUGGUUGAAAGGAGUAUGGGGAAGGACUAUCUCGCAAGAGAUUGCAAAAGAAGAACGGAAAGACUUCCGCUACCGCAACCCCAUGUGGCACCUCCCAGGCGAUGUCAAGGAGGCGGUUGAGACUACGCAAGAACAGGCUGCUCCAAUGGCACUUAAGGACCAAUUACAAAAAGCAUUGGGAGCCAAAGGAAUCAAAAUUUAUUACGAAGACAUUGGCCAGGCAUACAGGGACCGGAAAACUAAAUUACCAGUCUUUACAGUGGGAGUUUUUCUCGAUGGAUGGGGAGAGAAAGGCAAGCAGCUUGGUUAUGGAUCAGCUGGAGGAAAGAAAGAAGCAGGGGCGAAAGCAGCUCAGAUGGUAUUGAAGAACAAAAAAUUGAUGGCUGUGUAUUUGGAGAAGAAGAGGUUAUUUCAUGAGCAGAUGGAAUUGGAGAGAGAAGCUUUAGAGGCUGCAGGGGAAGCAUGAUUCAAGUCCUUGUCACAAAAGGAAGGUUGAGACUCGUCUACACAGCGGUGAAGGAUCUGAAGAUGGAGCUUCAUGUAAAGUAUUGUCCAGCGCAGAGUGCAAACAAUGAUACCCACCCACAACCAUG